AUGGAGGCGGUACAAGACACCACUUCCCUGCAGCUGCAGGCCGCGAUUCGAUGGCUGCUGCACACCAUCCUUCCCAGCCUCAGCAAGCUGGACGGGUGGAUUCGCCAAGCAGGGCUCGCCGGCGAGGUGGAGGGGCUCAGGGACGAGAUCGACCAAGUCGACGGGGUCGUCUCCGCCGUGAACGACAGGUCUGAGAUCCGAAACAGGUCCAUGGCCAGAUCCCUCGCAGCCGUCAAGGAGCUGCUCUACGCCGCAGACGACGCGGUCGACGAGCUCCACUGCUACAGGCUUCAGCACCAGCUCCACGGAGGCCCAUGGCAUUGGCACCCUCCCAACCAAAUUGACAGACCAAGUAACCAGCUGCCAAAUUCUUCAAGCACCAGAAAUGCAACUGCUGAUGAUUCAUCCAGAAGAAAAAGGAGAAGGGGCAAUGAUUCAACAGAUGUCACCGCAGCCAACACAGGCCCUUGGAACAAGGAACAAAUUUCGAAAAAGAUACAGGACAUAACUGGUCAGUUGCAAUAUAUCCGAGGGAACGUGCGACGGGUUCUCAAGAUGCUUGGGCCAAGGUCUCAUGCAGGUCCAAAUCGCUGCCGGGGUACAACCACCUCAAACACACACCGAAGGACAUCAAGUCUUAUUCAAGGGAAAGUGUAUGGGAGAUCUCAAGAAAGGAGUCACAUCAUAGAGUUGAUAAAAGAACGGAAAUCAGAUGCUGGUGUGACUGUUCUGCCAAUUGUAGGCGUUGCAGGAGUUGGGAAGACGACUCUGGCUCAACUUGUAUACAAUGAUUCAGAUUUGGAGAGUCAAUUUGACCUCCGGAUAUGGAUCUGGGUCUCUAGCAGCUUUGAUGAAACCAGAGUCACAAGAGAGAUGUUAGAUUUUGUAUCCCUGGGAGCACAUAAAGGGAAAUGCAGGUUUCCCAAGCUUCCGGAAGUCUUGAAGGAACAUGUUAAAUCAAAGAGGGUUCUGCUUAUUUUGGAUGAUAUUUGGGAUGACAUCAGUGAUUGCCAAUGGAACAAUCUAUUAGCACCUUUCAAGCCUAACAAUGCAAAGGGCAGCAUGGUACUCGUGACAACUAGAAUACCGUCUGUUGCCAAAAAGAGAGGUACAACUGGACCGAUUAACUUAGAUGGUUUGGAAAAUGGUGAUUUCUGGCAAAUGUUCAAAGCGUGUGCAUUUGGUGAUGAGAACUAUGAAGAGCAAGUUAGUUUGGGCGAGCUUGGACGGCAGAUAGCAAAAAGAUUACAGGGAAACCCAUUAGCUGCAGAAACUGCAGGGACACUGUUAAGAGAGCAUCUUACCAUUGAUCACUGGAAUAAUAUUCUGAAGAACCAAGAUUGGAAAUCCCUGCAACUCUGUAAAAUUUCUUGCAUUUACAGCGAAAUACAACCUUCUUCAGUAGGAGAAGGAAAAGCACAUUGCAGGGCUUUGUGGUGGUCCAGAGCCACAUGGGAAGGCCAGGCGUUCGGAUCAGGUUCGGAUUAACUGCAAGUGCCAACGUUCAGGUUGUCCGGUGCCGCGAUGGAUUUGGGAGUAAAGAUGGUUCAGCAAAAGUAGCGGCCAUCAGUAAGUAUGUUUUAUCAUUUUUUAUAGCUCCAUUCGGGUUUGGUUCGGUUCGGGUUGGUGCGUCAUUAAGCAGGGGAAUUAGCAUUAACCAGAUGGGUCGCUAUCCUUUGCCUUUGGCUCCACAACAACUAAACUGUUCGGGUUCAGUUCAGAUCGACAUAGUAGAUAGAUAAAUUCAGUAGUGUGCAUGCGUGCGGAUGGCGACAGAUUUGGUUUGUCGGUGUAAGGUGACUGCAUCGCUCGGGUUCCAUCCGGGUCGGGUUGCUGCGUCAUGAAGCAGAGACCCAGCAUUGACCAGGCGGGCUCGUGCCUUCCCAGCACUGCUAAUGUAUCAUUCUCCAAGCCCAAAAUCUCAAAACUGCUGUUGUAUCCAUCCUUCCUCUUGUAUCCAUCUCAAAAUCUCAAAACUGCCAGCUGUAUCAAUUCUGCAUUCUUUUGCUAGACUCUUGGCAGGCAGUAGUGUUGUGUGAAGUAUACAUUUGACCACAUUUGUAUUAUGCUGUGUAUGUGAACUUUGAGUUACCAGCAAGCACUAAAUAAUCAGCAAAAUAUUAUGUUAUACGCCACGUGACGACCCUACUGACAGGGAUGAAUGAAUCCUUCUUCAAACAUUGAACCCGGAAACUUUUCUCAAGAAGGACAAAGCUAACUAUAUCAUCUUUAAUCAGUGUAUGAGCAGUGGAAAAUAAUUGAUC